AUGAUGUUAUUUUGCAGACUCAGGGACGCUUCCUCUCGCUUAUCCUGGAGAGAAAGCUCAUUUCUCACCUCCAUGACCCAGAAUCAGUCAGCACAGACAUCUGACUUCUUCAGCCAAGAUGUGUUCAACCAGUUGUUUGACAUGUUGGACCAAUCUGCCAUUCAUGCAGUCCAGCCCAUCGAGCUCAACUUUACGGACAGCCCGACUGAUGGGUCAGCGGGAAAUACCAUUCAGAUCAGCAUGGACUGCAUCACCAUGCACGAGCCAGACGAGGUGGUUUCUCUGCAGGGCAACAAGUUAAUGCAGCACCUGCUUCUCUGGCGAAAGGUUCCAGCUCUCAUCUAUCAGUACGUGUCUUCUCUAGGAAAAGAGAUUUGUGGAAUCCUGGAGCCAGUGGAACAAACAGCAGCAGCUCUGCUCAAUCUAAGCGCCAGCAUGUUGUACCUGGAGUCGGGCCCCGCGACUUCCUUCAGUGAGUCACAGUAUACAAAUCUGGGGCUCCUGAACAGCAUGGAUCAGAACAUUCAGAACAGCGGCUCGACCUCCACCAGCCCCUACAACAACGACCAUGCCCAGAACAGCGUGACCGCCCCGUCGCCCUACGCCCAGCCCAGCUCCACCUUCGAUGCCCUGUCCCCCUCGCCGGCCAUCCCAUCCAACACAGAUUACGCCGGGCCCCACACCUUCGACGUGUCCUUCCAACAGUCCAGCACGGCAAAGUCUGCCACUUGGACGUAUUCAACAGAACUGAAGAAGCUAUACUGCCAAAUCGCAAAGACGUGUCCCAUUCAGAUCAAAGUGCUGACCACCCCACCGCAGGGAGCGGUCAUCCGGGCCAUGCCGGUGUACAAGAAAGCCGAGCACGUGACCGAAGUGGUCAAGCGCUGCCCCAACCACGAGCUCAGCCGCGAGUUCAACGACGGUCAGAUAGCUCCUCCGAGCCACCUGAUCCGCGUGGAGGGGAACAGCCAUGCCCAGUACGUGGAGGACUCCAUCACUGGACGGCAGAGCGUCCUAGUCCCGUACGAGCCCCCCCAGGUGGGGACGGAGUUUACCACCAUCCUGUACAACUUCAUGUGCAACUCCAGCUGCGUGGGGGGGAUGAACAGGCGCCCGAUCCUCAUCAUCGUCACCCUGGAGACCAGAGAUGGACAGGUGCUAGGCCGCCGCUGCUUCGAGGCCAGGAUCUGCGCCUGCCCCGGCCGGGACCGCAAGGCCGACGAGGACAGCAUCCGCAAGCAGCACGUGGCCGACACAAAGAGCAGUGACGGUACGAAACGCCCCUUCCGCCAAGUGUCCCACGGCAUCCAGAUGUCCACCAUCAAGAAGAGGAGAUCCACGGACGAGGAGGUUUUCUGUUUGCCCAUCAAAGGCCGCGAAAUCUACGAGAUCUUAGUCAAAAUCAAAGAGUCCCUGGAGCUCAUGCAGUUCCUGCCGCAGCAAACGAUAGAGUCGUACCGGCAGCAGCAGCAGAAUCUCCUCCAGAAACAGACUUCCAUGCCGUCUCAGCAGUCCUACGGCUCCAGCUCCCCGACUCACGGAAAGGUCAACAAGCUGCCCUCGGUCAGCCAGCUCAUCAACCCCCAACAGCGCAACACGCUGACCCCGUCCGGCAUGUCCGGAGGCCUCACUGACAUGACUCCCAUGAUGGGCACUCACAUCCCCAUGAACGCUGACAUGAGUUCACUGAGCCCCACACACGCACUGCAGCCACAGCUACCCCUGGUGCCCUCCUCCCACUGUACCCCCCCUCCUCCAUACCCCAUGGACAGCAGCAUCUCCAGCUUCCUCCUUCGGCUGGGCUGCGCAGGCUGCCUGGAUUACUUCACAGCACAGGGUCUAAGCAACAUCUACCAGAUUGAGAACUAUAACAUGGAGGACCUGUCCCGGCUGAAGAUCCCAGCAGAGUUCCAGCACAUCAUCUGGAAGGGCAUCAUGGAGCACCGACAGGCCAUAGAUUUUUCCCCUCCUCCACACAUAGUGCGCACCACUAGCGGGGCCUCCACCGUCAGCGUGGGCGCCUCCGAGGCCCGGGGGGAGCGCGUCAUCGACGCCGUGCGCUUCACCCUCCGCCAGACCAUCUCCUUCCCGCCCCGCGACGAGUGGUCCGACUUCUCCUUCGACCUGGAUUCCCGCCGCAACAAACAACAGCGCAUCAAGGAGGAAGGGGAGUGAGGCGGGAACCCCCCCCUUCCAGGUCCCCGCUCUUCAGCGAUCCCGAUUUAUUUUUUAUUCAUUUCACGUCUGCCUGAGGAACAUUUCACUGGAAACC